AUGCACUCCAUAAGCCGUGGAUUAACGCGCAUAUCCUUCCUUCGCGCCAAACCUCACCAGCUCUCGCGUUCACUAUCUACUACAACUUCCAUUCCCCAACACGAACCUGUGGACGAGGAGUUCAGUCCUGGCUACAAUCCCAAACUCUACUAUCCUGCGCAACCCGGGGAGAUCCUUGCCGAUCACUACCGAUUGCUGGUCAAGAUUGGAUGGGGAAGCGGUUCAACAGUGUGGCUCGCCCGAGAUGUCGCAAGGCAUGUAUUGACUUUCAUACGUAACUGCGGCCACGGUUCGCAUUCCAAACCUCUAUUCGAACCACCCGCCCUCAAAAUCCUCAACAACAACAAUCCCAAGGGUGCCGACCAUGAGCGUCGUAUUGAAGAACACAUCGCAGAGCAAACUCCCUCACACCGCGGUCGUCCGGUUAUCCGCAGUUACCUUGAAAGCUUUGAAUUGGCAGGUCCCAUCAGCAAACAUAUCUGUCUAGCCUACGAGCCAUCGCGGGAGCCUCUCUGGUUAUACCAAAGACGGUUCGAAGGCGACAGGUUCACCCUGCCGAUGGUUAAAGCCUAUAUUCUUAUCAUUCUGGCUGGUCUCGAUUACCUACAUUCUGUGUGCAAGGUAGUCCAUACUGGCGAGUAUAUCCACCUGGCACCAAUGAUUAUUAAUCUAAUACAACUAUUGUCAGACCUGAAACUCGACAAUAUCCUCAUAACCUUCGAAUAUGAGAACAUCCUCCCGAGAUUCGUCAAAGAACAAGAAGAGGCUCAGUCGAUGCAAUGCAAGACGGAUCCGGAAACCGUUCGCGUCAUCUACCGCUGUCACAACAACUUUGGACCUCUUGACCCGAGUGGGCUAGGCAACAUAUACCCUCAAAUAACCGAUUUUGGCGCCGCGACUCUACUCGGCACUGGUGGAGAUGAUGGCGCCGUUCAACUGGGUACUCGUCCUAUACAACCUGACUAUUAUCGCGCACCAGAGGUCAUUCUGGGAUGUGGGUGGAGCUAUAGUGCUGAUAUAUGGAAUCUGGGUGUUAUGAUAUGGAAUAUACUCGAAGGCACAGAGUUGUUCACCCAGGUACAGGAUGCGGAGGGAACUUACCUCCCAGAAGCACAUCUAGCGCAGAUGAUAGCCUUGCUUGGGCCCCCGCCUAAGAAAUUGCUUGUGAUGUCGGAGUCCAUGGCACAGGUUGAUGAGUGGUCACCAGCUAUCACUGAUGAAAGGGGUAAGAUAUUCAAGAACAAUAGGGAAUACUUUGGUGGGCCUUUCUUUGAUGAAGAAGGCAACUUCUUCUACAACGAUUUGAUACCCGCGCGAAAACUUGAAGAUGCAGUCCCAUCUCUAGAAGCGAGCGACAAAGAAGCUUUCCUAUCUUUCAUCAAACAGAUGCUCACUUGGUUGCCUGAGGAACGAAAGACGGCUCGGGAGUUGAUGGAGCACCCUUUCCUCAAUGAUUGA